AGCAGGGUCUGGCCAAGAUGGCGGAGCUGUGCGAGAGCUUCACGCUGCGCGGGCCGGGCCCCGGCGGCGGCGGCUCCGGCUCCGGACUCGACCCCGGGCUGUGCCUGGAGCCGGGCCCGGGCAGCGACCUCGUGCUGCUCACCGAGCGCGGCCGGGCCGCCACGCUCUUCAAGAUUUCGGAUCAGAAGCCCCUGGGCUGUUGGUCAGUCAAACAUGGGCAGAUCCUCACCUGUCCUGUCGUGUGCAACUUUGAAACCCACGAGUACAUUGCAGUUCAUGAUGACAAGGUUUUAAGAAUAUGGAAGAAUGAAGACCUUAACUUGGACAAAGCCUUUAAAGCAACACUCUCAGCAGAUGUGUACAGGAUCCACUCCCUGCCCCAGGGGGGGACCCUGGUGCUGUUCAGGGGAGGGGGGGUCCGGACCCUGGAUGUGCUGCUGGAGGCUCCUCAGCAGGAGAUCGAGAACCUCAUCUCAGCUGAGACCAUCAGGUGGAGUGGAGCUUUUAUGGAAGGCCAAGAACCUGUCUUAAUUUUCAUUACUCAGAAAGAUAAGGAUUUUUUUGUCUAUGUACAGAAGCCUAAGCUGAACAGUCUACACAAAUACAAGCUUGAACAACAGAAAUUAGCCAGGCCACUGUGUUUCACAGCACACAUUACAAACCAAACUGUCACACUUCUGUGUUUGUAUACCAAUCAUUGUGUGUAUCAGGUUCUGAUACCUCUACAGCAAGAUACUGUAGAAGAAGAGGAAAAAGAAGAAGAAAUUUUGUCCAAGUCACUACUACUAAAACUUUCAGUAUCUGGAGCUGCUCUGAAAGGAACAUCUUUAGUUGUCCUGGACAAAGACCACAUUGCAGUGUUGGGCAAUAUCCCUGAUCCUGGGAGAAAGCCCAAAGAGUUCCUGACCAUCUGGAAUACAAAAUUCCAGACGUUGCAGACCUGCAAGGAUCUGCCCCGGGGGACCAGUGGCCAGUUGUGGUGUUAUGAGGAAAAAUUUUUUCUAAUUCAUGGGAAAGUGCUGACUGUAAUUAUGUACAAACGUGAAACAUCAUCCUUGGCAGCUGCUGUGGGAAAGCUCAAGGACAGUCAAAGCCUUGAUAUGUCCCCGUUUGUGAACUGGAAUACCCUGGAAGAGGAGGAGCUGGUGGCUCCCCUGGAGUCCCAGGAGUCUGUAGCUCUGAAAGCAGAGUCCAGAAUGAAUUUAAGAUCAAACAGGAGCACUGGACAAUCAGGGCCCUUAUCAAUUGAGCAGCUCUUAAUGAGACUCAAAGAUACUCCUAAUUAUGUGGUGGAAAUUGAAGUGAAAAAACUAAUAGCAAGAGCACCGACCGUAGAUGUGCAAGCUGCCAUUGGCUGUGUGGUCACUACCCUUAUAGACAGGUGUAAAAAAAAUCCAAAGUUCUACCCUCAAAGUUUGCUGCAGGAGAUCGUUGAAACCCGGGACUUGUCCUACAGUUUAUGUCCAGAUUUAAUGGCUGUUGCUUUGGAGCAAAAAGACCUGCAGCUCUUACAGGUCUGCCUAGAACGGUUUCCAGAUAUUCCUGAAGAAAUCACUUAUGCUUGCCUGAAAGCAUUUUUAAGCACAAGUGAAGACCAUCUCAAAAGUGUAGAGGUAAACCUGGAUUCUGCCAUCUGUUACAUUGAUGUUGAAUGCAAUGACAUGGAAGUUAAGACUGAAAUUGUAGAAAAUGGUUUCAGUGAAGAGAUGGACCAGGACAUGUGUGAUACCAAAAUGCCAGAGGAAGGGCAGAGUGAUGGUGAAUCCUGCCCUGUUGGGCUUCAGAAGGCAGCGCUGCUAAAUGCUGUUCUCCAUUCAGCUUACACUGAAACAUUUCUUUUGCCUCACCUGAAAAACCUUCCAGCUCAACAAGCUAUUCUAUUUCUCAGGUAUUUAUAUUACCUGUAUGUGAAAUGCAGUGAAAAAGUGAACACCACACUUCCUGGAAUACGCUCUCCCACAAUAAACCAGAUCAUGGAUUGGAUGUGCCUGUUGCUUGAUGCUCAGUUCACUGUCAUGGUGAUGCUUCCAGAAGCAAAGGACUUGCUUUCAAGCCUGCAUAAGUUUGUGAGAGCCCAAGUACGGUUCUACUCAGAACUCAACAAGAUUGAGGGAAGUUUGCGGGAAUUACAAAGACUGAACCACCUGAGAGAAUCUCAGACCUAUUCUAUUGAAGUGCUGGAAAUCAUUUGAAUUUGAAGCUCAUUAACACAUUUAUUUUGUAUUGAUUCCUUUUAUGACAAGGAUGUAUUAGCACUCCAUAUUGGGGCUGUCAAAAGUUGUUUUCUACAUAGGAGGAGCCUGGUUACUCUGUAGCUACAUGGGAGUUGUAAGUUUGAACCUUGUGUAUUAAAAUCUCUCUUUUUGACUGGAUGAGAAGCUGAAUGUUUGCUUAUAUUUUCAUGUAGAAUUUUGAGAUCAUGAGAACUUCCUAGAAUACCACACAAUUCUUGGCUAAACACAAGAUGGCUGUGGCAGAAGUGCUGAGGGCAUAACUUGCUCUCUUGGGCUGUGUAACUUGGGAAGAGCUGCACACACAGUGAAAAGGCUCAAGUCACUUUGGAAGGUGACCUGUUUGUUGUAUUUAUACACUGUCAGUACCAAAUGUAUGUACAAGUCUGAAAAAAACCCUGCAGUAGCAGCUGAAGAUGUAUAGAGGGGACUUCUUGGCACUAUUAGUAAGUUGCUUUCAAUAUUUUGGACAGGAAAACUUAUCUUGAAUUUAAAAUAAGAACAUUCUUACCUAUAUCAGUUUGUUUUCUGCAAGUACUUUUUCAACUACUGAACACCUCAGCUUAGUUAAUGUCACCUGUGCUGCUUGAAUUCUGGCAUUUCAAAGUACAUCUUAGAUUGAUUUUGACUCUUUUUGAAAUACAAAGAACUAAAGUUUUAUGCAGACAUUUGUUGAAGAUUUUACAGGUAUCUGUUGACUUAUUCUGAUGAGGCAUUCACUUAAAGCUGACCUGUUACAAGAUACUUGUGGGACUAUUCAUCUGGAAUAGGGAAAAUGGGACAGAAGCAUAAUGCUGAAUUUCCUGGAGUCGAGUAUGAGGUGGAUUGUUGGGGACAAGAUAAUCAGUACAUUUUCAGAACAGCAAAUAUGUUAUUUUUACUAAUUAUGUGAUGGAAUAUUAGUAGAAUUCAGCAUAUCAGUAUAUUGAUAUACUUUGGUUUUCAUCAUCUAAAUAAAAUGACAAUUGGAGCUA